AACACAAUUACGUGAACACUUCUGGAGAAAAGUCUUUCAAAAGCAAAAUGAUGGAUGGAGAAGAAAAAACUUAUGGAGGCUGUGAAGGCCCAGAUGCUAUGUAUGUAAAACUCAUUUCAUCAGAUGGUCACGAAUUUAUUGUAAAACGAGAGCAUGCACUGACUUCAGGGACUAUCAAAGCGAUGCUGAGUGGCCCUGGGCAGUUUGCUGAAAAUGAAACAAAUGAAGUAAACUUCAGAGAAAUUCCUUCCCAUGUGCUGUCCAAAGUGUGCAUGUAUUUUACUUACAAAGUCCGCUACACAAACAGCUCCACAGAGAUUCCUGAAUUUCCUAUUGCACCAGAAAUUGCACUGGAACUGCUAAUGGCUGCAAACUUCUUGGAUUGUUAAAUAAAAUAAAUGGUGAAAGACUUUGCUUUCAGUAUUUCAUACCUGUGGAAGAACAAGUUUAGAUUGUAGUGCAUGUCACAAAAGAAGCUGGUGCACAGUGUAAUUUUUCAAAAUUUAUGUAUCUUUUGCAUUGUAUUUUUUCAGCAUUUGAGCUUAAGUUGUGUUUAUGGAAAAUUCUAAACAUUCAAAGUGACACAAUUGAGACUGUUCCACAAACUUUGACUCUAUGAGAAAAAGCAUAUUUAACUUUAUUAUAACUUGUUUUAUAUUCCGUUUGUGAAUUUGACUGAAGUAAAUGUCAUGCUGAACUGGAA